AGUAAGCUCAACACGCUGUCCGUCUGCCUCUGAAUGGGAAAGGUUUGUCUAAAUGAACAGAAAAGAUAGGACCUCUCCCAGAAGGGUAGCAGGAAGGGGACGAGGAGAGGAUGAUGAUGGAGAGGUUAGGGGAAAGGCACAAGUUUGAGGCCGGGCUGAGCCCUCCAACCCCUCUGCUUCUGUAUUCUCCACACUGGAGAUGAUCAACGAUACAAAGACUCGCAGUCGUUAAGCACAAUUCACACUUACACCGCUGCUCCCUGAACUCUCGACUUAAAACUCUUUUAGGUAAAUAGGAUUUUUCCUAACCCAGCACUAGGACACUUGACUGCAUUUAUCAAGGUCUUGAUUGAAGACCAGUUGAUUGGUAAUUAGUUGAAUCGGGUGUCAUGAGAUUAGACAUCCCUGCUUUAGAGAGGAACGGAGGCGGUAACUCAUAAAGCGGCAGUGCAGUGGGGAAAAAAGGCUGCUGUUCCUUUAAGAGCAGAGGGGGCGGGGACGCACCGUUAGGACACACCGUUACUUCACUGAAUCGAAACUAAACUGUAUGAGGCCACACAAGCUGAGUUUCCUGAAACUUUGCCCCGCUCUGCCACGGCAGCUCUGUCCCCUGUAGCGUUUCGGGAACCUUAGUAUUUUUGGUACCAGGCGCUCAGGUCUUUGUUCUGACAGACGGGAGGGUCCACUGAACAGCUGCAGUGUGAGCUUUUCCAUCCCAGCACAAGCAGAGGAGGAAGCUGAGUGUGAGUGGAGCUCGAGGAGCAGAAGGGGCCGAGCGCGGAGGAAGGAAGCAGCAAGGCAGGCAUGGCUUUUCCCAGCACCCCCCUCUCCGAGCGGCAGCUCCACUGCACCGUGUGCCAGGAAGUCUUUACCGACCCCGUCUGCACGCCCUGUGGGCACACUUUCUGUAAAGCCUGUUUGAGAGGAUUCUGGGAAGGCAGCAGCGCGUGUCAUUGUCCGUUGUGCAGGAAGAGUUUUGAAGGCCCGCUGGAUCUCAGCGUGAAUGCUGUUCUGGCCCAGAUCACCCAGGAUUUCAAGAGGCGAGCACCGGAAGCUCCCAGAGGGGGGGCCAAGCGCAGGGCGGAGGAGCCGCUGCUGCCGCCCUGCGAGGGCGACGCCCAGUCUCGCCCCGCGGACGACCUGCCGGGGGACCCCCCGCUCCACCUGCGCGACGGCACCUGUGCCAAACACCAGCAGCCCCUGGAGCUCUUCUGCAGCAGCGACCGCGCGUGUGUCUGCGCGCUGUGUGCGGAGGACGACCACGGGGGUCACGCCACCGCGCCCCUGAAGAGGGCGUGGCUCCGCACACGGGACGAGCUGAGGGCCCAGGUGCUGCGGGCCAGGCAGGACGUCCUGGACCGGCAGAAAAAGAUGGAGGAGCUCAAACGGCGGACGAGGCUGAGCCGGGAGGACUCGGAGAAGGAGCUGAAGGAGGGCCAGGAGAUCCUGCGCGCUCUCCUGCGCUCCGUACAGGAAUGCCAGGCCGAGCUGCCGGAGGUGAUCGAGGGGAAGCAGAGGGCGGUGGAGAGCAGGGCCCAAAGCCUCCUGGAAGAGCUGGAGCAGGAGGUCAGGGAGCUGAAGCCCAGAAAGGCGCAGCUGAUGCAGCUCUUGCGCUGCCAGGACCACAUGCACGUUCUACAGAGCUUCCCCUCCCAGCCAGCCACCCCGUGCUAUAAGGACUGGGACAAGGUCAUGGUCUACACUGACCUGUGUGUGGGCACAGUGAGGAGCGUGCUCUCUCCCCUGCAGGAGACCCUCGGGGGAAAGCUGAGGGAGCUGAUGGAUGCCGAGUUUAAAAAAGUUAGAUGUUACGCUGACGAUGUGACGCUGGACCCCCUCACCGCACAACAGAACUUAUCCGUGUCCGAGAACGGAAAGGAGGUGCACUAUCACUGCUGGACGCAAGCAGUCGCAGACAGCCCCGAGAGAUUCGAUGUUGUUUGUAAUGUCCUGGGGAAGGAAAGAUUCACUUCAGGAAGACACUACUGGGAAGUGCAAGUGGAGCGAAAGACAUCCUGGUAUUUGGGAGUUGUCACGGCGUCUGUUGGCAGGAAGGGGAAAAUGUUUCUUCAACCGAAAAAUGGUCUGUGGCUACUGCAUCUAAAAGAAGGGAAGAUUCUCAAAGCUCUCGAUAGCCCUCCGGUGGAGCUCAGUCAGAGUUCAGGGCUAAAAAGGGUUGGUGUGUAUGUGGAUUACGAGGAGGGUCAGAUCUCCUAUUACAACACGGAGGCCGGAUCUCAUAUGUACUCUUUCACAGGGAACACCUUUACUGAGGAACUCUGUUUGCUGUUGAAUCCACAAGCACCUGAUGGAGUCCCAAUGAUCCUCUCUCCUGUCUUUCAGACUGAAUAGUUUAAAGAUUUCAGCACUCUACUUUUGCUUCAUCUGGUGAAUCCAUUGGUUGAAUGGGCUGCUUUAUUUUCUGCCAAGAAGUCUGUUGAAUAUUUAGUUUAUUAUUUUAGGAAUUGGUGGUUUUUUAGGCAUUAUUUGGACUCAUCUUCACCUCAGCUCAUUGUGAUUAUAUGAUUUUGUGUUGAUGGAUGUUUCAUACUCACCUGUAUGAGUACAGUCAGGGCUGGGACAGGUACAGUGGGACCAAGGCCCAGAUGGGACUAAGAGACAGCUAUAAAACAUUUUGGGAAUUAUUUUGGGACUGGACUCAUAUUCGAUAUGUUUUUUUUUUGGUAAAGUACAUGUAGUCAGGUCUCAGCGUUCUGGGUGGGUCUUGUGUGUCUGCAGAAGGCAAGAGGUGCAGUCCUGACUUGUUUUACAGCAUUGCUGUUCUGCUUUAUGCAUGUAACCGUAGUAGCUUUGGAUGAAUUUUCCACAGUAAGAAUAUGGAUUAUGUAACAGGUAUGCCAUGUGUGUCACUUGGUUAAGGGUGUUGGAUAAACAUAAUAAAUUACAACACACACCAGUU